GGAAGAUCCACCAAGUCUUCUUCGUUGACGUUGUUUGUCUCUUUGAAGAGGCAGCUUUAAGUGUUUUAUUUUGUUUUAUGGUGGACACAUUCACAGAUCUGAUCUUUAGAGGAGAAAGCUCAGGAAACACGGAACAAGAAACAGAAGUCGUCUUCUGAAACUAAACAGCAUGGGUGUCCGGGCUUCGCUCGCCUUCCUCCUUCUGUUCAUAGCUGCUGCCAAGGCUGGUCAUGGAGGAGUAACAUUCUGGAAGGAAAAUUUCAAAAUGACCUGUCCUCAUGAAGGCUCUUGGCACAACCAAUAUGAAUCAUUAGCUAAUCAAUCAACGUAUGAAACACAAUAUAAUAGCAAAACCAAAGGCUUAUACCACUGCAGAUACAUGGAUGGUGACGGAAAAGAAAUAAAAUAUUAUUUCUACGUGAAAGGACGUGUGUGUGCAAACUGUUUUGAGCUGGACGCGGCGGUGCUUGCGGUGGCCAUUGUUGUGGACGUGGUGGGGACAGCGUGUGUGAUGGUGAUUAUCUACAGGUUCACCAAGAAGAAAAGCUCAGCCGGACCCACUCAGGCCCCCAAAGCACCUGCUCACUCAGGAGGCGAGCCUUCACACUAUGAACCACUGAACCAUCACACUCGCGCCCAGGAGCCUUACUCCACCAUCAACAAGAUGGGAUAGAGACAAGGCACCGGACUGCGCCGGGUCACUGGUUUAAAAGAUGCACAGACGAAGGCAGAUAUUCACAAAAGACAAACAUGAACAUCAUUCAUUCUCCCAGCAUGCUAACUCAGGCUUUUUCUUUCUUGGAUUUAAAGGGUCGGUUGACCCAUUUUCUCACUUACCCUCAGUAUUACGUGGGUUCCAUUUGUCCAGGCAUGUCACCGUGGUACAACAGAGCUGGAUGGCAUUUAGUUUGUGGUGCUCACGUAUUUAAAAAUGAUUUUGUAAAACUACUUAGGGACUACUUUCUUCCACAGAAAUGGUCAGUAAUUACCAACCUGAGGAUAUUUCUGCAGUUAGGUGGUCCAUGGAAAGAUUAUGCUUAUCUUCUUUUUAAAAAUUGUGAUUUGACAAUAUAACAUAUAUCCACACAUUUGUGUUCAAAUAGACUCACAAAGAGGAUUACAAAUGGGUGUGAUGCCAAUCUUCAUUGUAUUUAUUGUCACAAUAAUCUAUCAACUCAGCUGUUCCUCUGACCUGAGGCCGUUUUGUUACCUUGACUCCAAGUGCAGUGUCUUGUAACUGACAGUGCAUGAUUAAAAUGUUCAAGUAUGAAUGCAAACUUGACUGACUAACAGAAAGAAAAGACUCCACGCCUAAGCAUCCACUGUGUUUUCUUUGCAAUUAAAUACUUUUGAACAAUUCCAUAAAGCCAUCACACCGAUCCGUAUCACACAAGCCCGUCUCACAGGGCUGAGCGGGAUACGUCAGACACAAAAGGUUUGGCAACUACUCAUGUAUAGAAUGUUUUAAAUGUAAUAUUUCAAUAAUGUGAGCAGCACAAACAAAUUCCAUUGACGUCUACUGUAUUGGUGUGGAUGCAGAAAUGUCAGAGGAAAAUAAAACCAAAACAAUCCGAGUGGCUAAACACCAUUAGAGGUGAGAGAGUAAACAAUAUACAUAAUGUACAUACGAUGUUCUGUUUUUUUACGGUGCCAUAGUGGUGUUGAUUGAAUGAUUUUAGUAGUGAGGUCAUAGUUAGUGGUGUUGUUGGUGUUUCUAUUAUUCUGCCUCCUCAUGUAUGUAAAUGUGAAGAACAACCUGAAAUUUGGCCUCAGCUAAAAAACGUAUAAUUGAAUUUCCAAAUUUUCAACAAUGUCACCAAUAACGUAGCAUCACCAGCUUCGUAAAGUUAUAAUUAACGGACAGGUGUACCUACUAAAGUGGCCAUUGAGUGUUUAUAUAUGUGUAGUGUAGUGUACUAACCCUUUAAUAUAAAACAUUGGCAGAGUCUAAUUCAUAAUAGUGUCAUAAAUAAAAAUCAUACUGUCAUUUCAAAUAUAGAGAUACAAAUAUGCCUGUUUUACAUAUAUGCAUAAUAAGUUAAACUGAUGUAACUUAUUAAACUUUGUCAGACAUUCUGCUCAUCACAUCAAAUCGCUUCGUGUGUUUUCUUUUCUUUUUUUUUGCUUUUUUUCAUUCUGAUCUAAUCUUCUGCAUUGAUCUCAUUGUUACUGCAAUGGACACGCGUGUCACUAAUAAAAGAACCACAGCAAACACUGUUCUCAUUUUCUUCUCUGCUCAAUGGUCGGAAACAAU